CACAACAGCCACAGGGACACUUAACAACAGCCACAGGAACACUUAACAACAGCCACAGGGACACUUAACAACAGCCACAGGGACACUUAACAACAGCCACAGGGACACUUAACAACAGCCACAGGGACACUUAACAACAAGUCAAGUAUCCUACACUGCCGAGGCUGAAGAGGUCGUGGUCCCGUGGCGUAACGAACACCCUGACACUGAGCUGAUAAUUCUUGCCUGUUUCCCCAGGUACCCAUUUGUCACCCAGCCCAGAAGGGAGGAUGAACAGCUGGGUGAGAUGCACGUUGACUGCCCGGGCCAGGAUUCAAACCGUGGCCCACAGAGUUUGAUGUGCUCGGAUGUUCGCUACAGGGCAUACUAACAGGGAUGUGGAGGUGAAAAGAGACCCCACUGUUUCCUGCCGAAGAUGCUUGAGAGACAUAAAGAAAUAAAGCUUCCCGCAAAGAAAUAUAGAGGUUUGGAACAGACUAAGUGAGGAUGUAGUAUCGGCGAGGAGUGUGCAAAGCUUUAAGGAAAAGUUGGAUAAAUGCAGAUACGGAGACGGGACCACACGAGCGUAAAGCCCAGGCCCUCUAAAACUACAACUAGAGCUGAAGAAGAAGAGGAAGGAAGGAAGGAAGGAAGGAAGGAAGAAACAGAGGAAGAAAGGAAGAAGGAGAGGAAGGAAGGAAGAAAGGAAGAAGGAGAGGAAGGAAGGAAGAAGCAGAGGAAGGAAGGAAGAAAGGAAGAAGGAGAGGAAGGAAGGAAGAAGCAGAGGAAGGAAGGAAGAAAGAAAGGAAGAAGGAGAGGAAGAAAGGAAGAAGGAGAGGAAGGAAGGAAGAAAGGAAGAAGGAGAGGAAGGAAGGAAGAAACAGAGGAAGGAAGGAAGAAAGGAAGAAGGAGAGGAAGGAAGGAAGAAAGGAAGAAGGAGAGGAAGGAAGGAAGAAACAGAGGAAGGAAGGAAGAAAGGAAGAAGGAGAGGAAGGAAGGAAGAAAGGAAGAAGGAGAGGAAGGAAGGAAGAAACAGAGGAAGGAAGGAAGAAAGGAAGAAGGAGAGGAAGGAAGGAAGAAAGGAAGAAGGAGAGGAAGGAAGGAAGAAGCAGAGGAAGGAAGGAAGAAGAAAUAUCAAGGAAGAAAAAGAAAGACAAGGACAGUAAAAAUAUCGUGAAAGAGAGAAAUGAGUCGUACAGAGAAAGAGAGAAAGAGAAAGUAAAAAAAAGGGAGAAGGAAAAACAGAAAACAGGCGGAGACAGCGUCAUUGAAAGAGAGAGAAAGAGAGAGUGAGGGGAUCAAAAUGGAAAACACUACUACUAAUACUACUACCACAACUACCACUACUACUACUACUACUACUACUACUACACCACAGAAGCACAACACAACCACCACCACCACAGCUGCCAUCUUCUCAACACCACCAACAACAGCGGCGCAGCAUCCCCACCACACCACCAAAACCUCCGCAAACUGUCUCAUUUGUGGAACCGACUCCAAACCCACCAACCUAACAGCUGCUACCACGCCCACCACUGCCCACACAUACCCACAGUUGCUAGGGAUGGUGUUAGGGGGCAGCAUAGGCGUUGCGAGUGAGGUCCUAACACUGUGCGAGGGCUGUCUUAACCUGGUACAUGAUAUAGAUGCCAGACUCCACGCGUUCUGUGAGCUAAGAGGCAAACUGAAGUCUCGCUUAAAAUCAAAUCCUCUGAAGCUGGUAAAUCUCACACCUUCCUCUACUUGCGUUGUGACUCCCCUUGACGUGGGUAUGCUAGCCGUGGGCGGGUCGCGGAGAGGGAAACGGAAGCCUCCUGCGAGCACUCCUAUGACCACCACUUCCACGACCGCUGCUGUUAGGAAGAAAGGAGGAAGACCCAGGAAGCCAUAUUGCUGUUCUUAUUGCCGGAGAAAGUUCCUAACCGACAGUAUUCUUAAGAGUCAUUUGAGGAGAGACCAUAACAUACCCACUACUACUACUGCUACUACUACUACUUCAACUACUACUACUACCACUACUACUGCCGGUGUUAAGGUCGAGAAUAUGGAUGCUACUUCCACUACAACUACUACUACCACUGCUACUGUUAUGAAAUCUGAACUCCUACCACUCCCCAUACCACUGCCUCAACUACCACUGCCGAGGCUACACCGUAAACCACUGCUACCCGCUACUACUACUACUACCCCUGCCACCACUACUACUACUGCUACUACUGCGAGAACUGCCACUCAACUGCUGUCGCUGCUCAGACCAAUUCAACCAAAGCCUCAGAGCAACAGUAGUGGUAGUAGUGGUUCCAGGGAUAGUCAAGUGAUUGUGGUUGUGAAGAAUGAAGAUGCGGCAUUUCUGACCAUCCCUAACUAUCCUCUCAGCGGCAGUAGUAGUGGAAGUGGUCCUAACUCAACGACACCUUCCGCCUCCGCUCCCCCUUCAAAUGUGUGUCAUGUAUGUAACAAGACGUUCACGGAUUCAAAGCGCACACGGAUGCACAUGAUUGCCGCGCACAUGAGACGGAAAGGACGCAGCGACUCGUGUGCGUUCCCAUGUACGUUUUGCAAUGCGCACACGGCCUUCAAGACGCGCCGGGAGCUGAACGCACACAAGCACGCCUGCCACCGGAAAAGUACACACAAGGCAAAAAAAACGCACAUGUGUACGCACUGCGGGGAGAAAUUUGUAUACAAGUAUGAGCUCCACGCGCACAUGGAUACACACUUCAUGUACACACGAAAAAGUGCACAUGAGCUCGUGUGCGCGCUCUGUGGUCUACAUGUGGCCUCGCUCCCAGCCCUCAAAAUACACGCACACAGAUUUCACCCACACGGAAAAAACGUACAUGGAAAAAACGAGCAAGAGAAAAACGCACAUGAACGCACACAACCUCAGUUCCUGUGUGCGUUUUGCGGGGAACUGACGCACACGAGGAAAGAGUUCUUGGCGCACACACGCACACACACACAGGAGGAGAGAAGGAAUUCACACACAGACUUGGAAAAAACAGUCACAUGUGCACGUAUGGACUCCCAAAAUGCAUACAUGGGCCAGGAAGCGCACACAGAAACCUAUGCGUACAUGGAGGACCCAAACACGUGCAUGAACCCAAUGGAAACACACACAGACCAACAAAAUACGUACAUGAGUCCCGAAAAAACGCACACGGACCAACAAAAUACGUACAUGAGCCCUGAAAAUACGCACACGGGCCCACAAAACGUCUACAUGAGCCCCGAAAAAAUGCACACAGGGCCACAAAAUGCAUACAUGAACUCAGAAAAUACGCACACAGACCCACAAAAUGCAUACAUGAACCCGGAAAAUACGCACACAGAUCCAGAAAGUGCAUACAUGAACCCGGAAAAAACGCACAUGGACCCACACAACACCGCACACACACCACAAGAAAGUGCGCACAUAGGAACACCAAGCCAGACAAAAGCGCACAUGACCCAGCGGAAAACAGUCACGUGUGUGUAUUGUGGAAAGAGCAUGCUGGCGUCGUCCUUAAGUGUACAUGUGCGCAGAAUACACACACAGAAGACCAUCCUGUGUGCGUAUUGUGACCAGAAGUUCCAUGUGCGCAGUGACCUGAUGAGGCAUGUAAACCUUUACCACUGUGUGCGCAAAAGUUACACAUGCAGUUUAUGCGCACACGCCUUCACCACAUCUGAUGCACUGAGGUACCAUCGCAACAAGACUCACUCCACCGAGACUCACACGUGUGUGUAUUGCCCCAAGACGUACUCGUGGAAGGGAGAACUGCGCACACACAUCCUACGCGCACACAGGGACGCACAUCAGAAGUUAGAGGAGCUGCACAUGGAGACCAAGCACGAACAGAAACAGCAAGAAGAGGAGGAAGGGCAGCAACAAAUACCUCCUCCUCCUCCUCCUCCCCCACCUCCCUUCCUCUGCAACCCUCCAAGCCAAGAGGAGGAGGAGGAGGAGCGGGAGGAAGAGGUCAUAAGUAAUGUGAUAAGUUCAGAAAUAUAUCUUGUUCCAAACUUGUCCGUUCCGCUGCAUGAAGAACAGGUCAGUACGAGUUAGAGGAGGAGGAGGAGGAGGAGGAGGAGGAGGAGGAAGGGAAGAACACUGGGAAAGGACAGGAAGAAAAUAGAGGAGGAGAAGAAGGGAGGAAGGAAGAAGGAAGAGAGAGGAGGAAGAGAAGGAGAGCAAGAGGAGAUGGAAGAAGAAAUCAUAAUAAAUCUCUCUCUCUCUCUCUCUCUCUCUCUCUCUCUCUCUCUCUCUCUCUCUCUCUCUCUCUCUCUCUCGCUUACUUAUGUUCCUCUUCUCCUCCUCCUCCUCCUCUUCUCCUCUUCUCAAUGUUACUUCUACUACUACUACUACUACUACUACUGGAGAGAGAGAGAGAGAGAGGGGGGGGGGUUAUGUAGGGGAUGUCUUCCUCCCCUCCUCCUCCUUCUAUACAAUUGUCUAUUUAAUUGAUUCUCAAAUGUGUGUGUGUGUGUGUGUGUGUGUGUGUGUGUGUGAAA